GUACUGUUUUGCGACACGUAAAUGGGUUUCGUCCACAACACAUGUGGAAGGUUCUUAGCAGCAGCGUGUGAGGAAACUAACUGUAUAAAACAGACCACAGAACUCGCAGAAAUCAGGCAGUAGCCCGAAAUUCGACGAAAAAAUGGAAGCCAAACCCAAAAAGACAUUUUCUCCCAAGGCCAAGGUUGUUAAAGCCACAGCUCUAAAAGGAAAAGAUUCCACCAGCACUAAAAUGGGAGGAAAGUCUGGUUCUAAGAAGCCUUUUAAGAAACCUUAUAAGAACACAGAGCACAGUGGGAAAAGAGGAGAGAAACGGGUUGCACACAAGUUCUUCAAAAAUGACCAACGAGUGAGGAAGAGAAAGAGGCCGCAUGGGAAGGACAGUGAAGGAGGUGAAGGAGGUCCUGUGUCUAAAAAAUUGAAGAGUGGAAAGCCUGACCCCAAAAAGAAGCUGUCCAAAGAGGAGCUGAAGGCCACACGGCAACAGAGGAAGAGGGACGUGAAGAAGAACAGACAACAGGCUGAAAGGAAGGACAUGUUUGACAUCAUCUGUCAGAGCAAACAAAUCUGGGGCCAGCUGCGCAGGAAAAAGUGUGAUGGGCAGAUGAAAACGAAACUGAUGAAGGAUCUCCAUGAUCUGAUCCGGGGCAAAUCCAAACAGAUGGCUUUCGCUCAUGACUCAGUACGCGUCCUGCAGUGCUUCAUUCAGUUUGGGACCCAUGAGCAGCGCCACGAAGUGUUUAACGAGCUCAAAGAUGACAUGGCGGCUCUGUGCAAGUCUCAGUACGGUCGGCACGUCGUGAAGAAGCUGCUCAUGUAUGGGAACAAGGAAACGGUGGCUUCGGUGAUGCAGACGUUCAAAGGUCAUGUGAAGGCCAUGCUCCGACAUGCAGCCGCGUCCUCCAUCAUAGAGUAUGCCUACAAUGACAAGGCCGUGCUGUCCCAGAGGCUAAUGCUAACAGAGGAGCUGUAUGGGAACACCUUCACUGUCUGCAGGUCUUCAGUGUGCAACACCAUCGACAAAGUGCUGGAAGCCAAUCCAGACAAAGUGGACACCAUCUUGGAUGAGAUGAAGCAGAUCCUGACUCCCAUGGCUCAAAAAGAACAGGUCAUCAAACACUCACUGGUCCACAAGGUCUUCCUGGACUUUUUCCAUUUUGCUCCUGAGAAGCAGAGAACGGAGAUGAUUGAGUCUAUCCGGGAGGCUGUGGUCUACAUGGCUCACACUCAUGAUGGAGCACGGGUCGCCAUGAGCUGUGUGUGGCAUGGAACGGCAAAGGACAGGAAGGUCAUAAUCAAAACCAUGAAGACAUAUAUGGUGAAGUUUGCCACGGGGGAAUUCGCUCACCUUGUCCUGCUGGCCAUCUUUGACUGUGUGGAUGACACCAAACUGGUCAAACAAGCUGUGCUGUCUGAGCUGCUGUCCUCUCUGAGCGAGGUCCUGGGGAACAAAUAUGGUAAGAAGGUGAUGACCUAUCUGCUAAAUCCACGUGACCCUGCCCACCUGCUCCCAGAGACCAUCCAGCUACUGCAGAGAGGGGACAGCAACCAGCACAGUAAAAAGGACAUGAGUAUCCGGAGGAGGGAGCUGCUGGAGGCAGUAUCCCCAGCUCUGCUCCAGCACCUGUGUGAGAAUGCAGCGGCCAUGGCCACAGACAAGGCCAGCUGUGUGACUGUCAGCGACAUCCUGGCCUCCGCUUGUGGAGACCUCACACCAGCUAUGAGCGCUGUGGCACAGCUCGCCAACCAGGAGCUGCAGCCAGGCGGAGUCAAAGGAAAGCUGCACCUGGCAGAACACCCAGCUGGACACUUGCUGCUCAAGUGGCUGCUGGAGCAGGACCUGACACUGGCUGAGGCCACUAAACCAGAGCGGUUCGGCCGGAUGCUGGUGGACACCGUGGGGACAGACAAACUGCAGACAUGGGCUCAAGUCAACCGUGGAGCCAUGGUGCUGAGCUGCCUGCUGAGCAGCUGUGACUCUUCGGUGGUGGAGGAGGUAAGGGCCGCUCUGAAGCCCCUCAUCCCUGAGCUGGAGCAGAGCAGCAGCACCACCAACCAGGGAGCCCGCAUCCUACUGCAGAAACUCACCCAGAGCUGAGGGCCCCACCUCACCUGGAGCCUCCUGCCUAGAGAACACUCUGAACUGCUGUUGACUUUAGGAAGUGCAAGAAAAUAUUGUUUGUCAAAUAUGAGUUUGUGCAUAUUGUGUUGUCCUUGUGUCAGGAUUAGGUGUGCACCAAACGCCAAGGGCAAAACUAUUGCACACUGCAGAUGACUAAAUGAUCCACAGUCAGAGCUGGUUGCUUGGCCUGGACUAAACACUGAGUGAAUAGAAUGUUCAAUUUCCCUCUCUUGCCAGCAGAGAGUGUCAGUAAGUGUGGGCAAUGGACAAAUCAUCAGGAUUGGGAUACUAAAUUGUCUAACACAAAUGUGACAAAACAUGACUAAGUUAUUCAUUUCUGUCUGUACAUUUGAUAAUGAAAUGAUACCCUCAAAUUCUCAACAUGUUUUUAUGGAAUAUUUGAAUGUUGAGCACAUCUUCACAACAACAUAACAGAUUUAGAUAAUCGGCCCAUCUCUGCUUCAGGCACCAAUUUUAUUUUAUUAUGACAGGGCCUGUAAAAAUGAGUGCCAGAUACAUUGAGUUCAUGUAAAUGUGUUGAAGUAUUUUAAAUAACAGUGUAAAUCCUAUGUUUAAUAAUGUUACCACAGAGAACAUGUGAAAUACAAAUGCUUUGUUAUAUUAAUACCAUCUUGCACACCCUGUGCUCUUUAUAAUAAACAUUAAAAUAUA